UAACACGAACAAUGCGUUGUGAAUGCCAGCAGUAUGAAGCAGCACCCACGAUUCUUGUUUUCAUUUUAUUUUGGCGGGCAUUUUUUUAUUUUACUUAUUGCUACAGCGUUUAAUUUAAUAGUAAUAAAAAAGUAAUUGUGAUGGGUAUAACCGGGCUGAUACCAUUUCUGGAAAAGGCAUCAGCCAAGGUGCACUUAAAGGACUUGAAAGGUAGCACCGUUGCCGUCGACAGCUACUGUUGGCUGCAUAAAGGCGUUUUCAGCUGUGCAGAUAAAAUUGUACGCGGCGAGGAUACGGACCUUUACGUACAGUAUUGCAUGAAAUUUGUACAAAUGCUGAUCUCCUAUGAUAUCAAGGUUAUUCUGGUAUUCGACGGACAACACCUGCCAGCUAAGGCACUGACUGAACAGCGGCGCCGUGAAACGCGUCAACAGUGCCAGAAACGGGCGAAGGAACUUCUGAGGUUGGGCCGCGUUGAAGAGGCGCGCACUCAAAUGCGUCGUGGUGUCGAUGUGACACACGAGAUGGCGCUGCGUCUCAUACAGAGGUGUCGCGAGCGUAACGUCGAUUGCAUUGUGGCGCCCUACGAGGCAGACGCACAAAUGGCGUGGCUUAACAAGGCGGGCAUAGCAGAGUAUAUCAUAACCGAAGACUCGGAUCUCACACUCUUUGGUGCACAGAAAGUAAUAUUUAAGUUAGAUCUCAAUGGUGGCGGUUUGCUUGUCGACGCAGACAAGUUUCACCUGGCAAUGGGCUGCACGAAGGAACGCUAUCAAUUCGAAAAGUUUCGCCGCAUGUGCAUUUUAUCGGGCUGUGAUUAUUUGGACUCACUGCCAGGCAUUGGCCUGGCGAAAGCGUGUAAAUUCAUACUUAAAACGGAGCAGGACGAUAUGCGCAUAGCAUUGAAAAAGCUGCCACAGUACCUUAAUAUGCGUAAUUUGGAGGUUGAUGAUGAUUACAUUGAAAACUUCAUGAAGGCGGAGGCGACGUUCAAGCACAUGUACAUUUAUAAUCCGCAUGAGAAACGCAUGGAAAGACUCUACGCUCUAGAGGAUUAUGAAACCGAUGAACGCUAUUGUGGCAAUGCGGGCUCAUUGCUAACAGAUAGCGAAAAGGCAAUGCAAUUAGCAUUGGGCAAUCUAAAUCCCUUUACUCAUAAGAGCUUGGACAGCUGGCAUCCGGAUCAGGUUACACCGAGUGUUACAAAGGCAGCAUCAUCAAAUUCCAUUAAACGCUCCAAUCACAAAAGUAUUUGGCAAAAGGAAACUAAGAAUAGUCCACAACAAAUGAAGCAAACAAGCUGCGCGCUGUUCUUUAAGAAAAUUGACUUUGUGGGUCAGAACAUACAGACAGAAAUCGAAGCAAAUCAACGACAGGAGCAAGCUAAGCCCACAGAGGCUGAACUAAUUAACGUUUACAGCUUUAAAGGAAAACGCAAACGCAGCCCUAGCCGCAGUAAUAGCCAGAGCACUCCGCCAUCUUCCCCUAUACAGAGUAAAAGUCGUCACAAUCCUUUUGCCAGGGAGUCAAUACAGCGACCGCUCGCUGUGUGUGAAAACGCAUCGUUGCUGCGUCUGGUGAGCCCCAAGAAGUGCAGUCCCAUGAAGUCAGCGGAGGAGUCUAAAGUGAAUCCAGCCAAGCGGUGCAAUUUGACCGCGGUGCUAGAGCAAGUGGAGGUGCGCAGUCGCUUCUUCAGUCCGCGUACGUUGGAAGCAGAGAAAAUAGCUAAGGUGCCAAAGGAACUGCCAAAGGAAAAGCCAGAGGAGCACCCAAUGGAACAGGAAAAAGAGCAGCCAAACAAACAACCAGGCAAAGUUAACAUUCCACAACAGGCAGAGAACUCCACAGCCACUUCGGCAGCAGCUUCUUGCACUGAAGACAUCGUUUUGCUAUCCUCCUGCUCGGAUGAUGACAACAGCACCCAAAGUGUUACACUGCCGAGCAGCCAGGAGCAAGCAAAGCCACAGCCAAAAUUGGCGCCCAUUGCCAGACGCGUCGGUCUGUCCAAGCCAAGAACGAAAGGACGUACCAAGUCGGUGCCAAUCAGUGAGAAUCAAACCAAGCUAAGCAUGUUCGGCUUCCACAAGCCACGCCUACUCAAAUAAGCUGCCUGUGUUGUGUUUGUAUUAUAUGUUAGUCAAGUGCCAUCAAUUUGUCUUAAAUUAAUUUAUUAAAAUACCUAGCUGACUACGGCUGUACUCACAUACACUGCCCUAAUGUUAAAAUUAAAUAAAAAAUAUACAGAUAAUUAUUAAAUGAAUCACCGAAUAUUUAAGGUUGCUGCGAUUCUUACUAAGCAGCAAUUUAAAUUCCAAUUGGCACAAAAGUGUUACAUGAACUGCAGUUCAGUAUGCCAGGUGGGGCUUUGUAAGUAGUAGUAGCAUUUGGCAGCUGUAGUUGGGAAUGGUUUUUAGAAUGAUUUAUGAAACGACUGGUCAUAUGAUCUAAAGGAGAUGUGCCAAGGUAAGUGAUCAGCGUGUUUCUAGAUAAAAAUGUCAAGGUGACCGAAAGCAGCAACAACAACAAUAAGAAUAACACACGGCAACUGCGUCAAGCUCCAUUGCCCCCCGCACGACUAACUUUAAUUAAUAUUUCUAUAAAUAAACCUUUGUGUACAUAUGUAUGUGUGUCUAUGUAUGCGUAGGCCCCCCUUCCGCGCGUACUGUAAAUAUUUGUCAUUUUUGUUCA